AUCUAUAAGUCUUAUACGAUCGAAAUAAGGUAGUCAGAGAGUCAGUUAGCUAUUCCGGAAAGAGCCAGCUUUUAAAAUUUCUAUAAAGUAAUAUAACUAAAUUUAUAAUGGAUAUGAACAAGUCGACAUUGCUGCCAUAUGUGAUGGACCUACUCAGUCGGCAGCCGCAAUUAUGCACCACCAAGGAGGAUUUGAUAAAGAGCAUCCGGGACAUAGUGCUCGAGGAGCACAUCGCUCCCUUUGGAAGCCUCAAGCGGGCUGUGGACGCUGCCCUGGAAGUGGGCGUCAAUCUGGGCAUACUCUCCUUGACCGACGAGCGAGUGCCCUUCAACUUCCGCAGGAAAAAACCCCAGGUAAAGGCCCCCGCUGGAACUUGGAUAUCGCCGCGUGUUGGACGGAUGGCGAUCAAGCAGCGGAUACCCAAGUAUCAGGCAAAGAAGACGGCGGCCAAGCUAAAGCUAAAGCGAAAGAAGCACGCAGGACGAACCGUGGCAGGACAAAAGAUAAAAGAAAAGGUCCCUGGAAGGAAGACCAGCAAGGCGGUUAGUGUGAAAAUUCGCUGAAGAGUAGCCGAGACCCAGUGAAUCGGAUCCCAUUCAAUAAACAGCCGUACUGCGCACCGUA